CGCCCCCUCCCGUUCCACUGCGUCCCGCGCCGCGCGCUCAUCCCGGAGGGGCCCCUGCAACCUCUCCGCGCGAAGACCGCUCCAGCCCUGCAGGGAAAGAAAAGUAACUUCGCUUUUCUUGGAGGAACGAGGAAGGAUUAACUGGCCUGGGAGAGGGCAGGAGCGCGCGGAGGGUGGAAUGAUUGUGGACUGAGACGCGCUCGGGCAGAGACUAUGUAAUCGCCUCGGUGUCUGUGCAGAGGACUGCGCUUCGGGGAGGGAAGAGGAGGGAUCGGCUCGCUCCUCGGCGACUCGGCAGGCGGAGUUUCGCCGCGGCACCAGGGUUGCGCCCGCCCGCGGGGAGGUCGCUCCAUCCAGCCCCGGCGGCCGCGAGAGCCCGAGCGCCGGAUCGCGGUAGUCGGCAGGGGUGAGGGAGAGCGAGACCGAGCUCCGGGGCGUGAGGGAGCGGGCGGAGGAGUCCGAGAGGAGGCGAGCGGCGGCCGCGAGCGAGCCGAGCGAGCCCCCCGCCCGCCUCAGCGGCGCCGCGCCGGGCGGCGUCCGGGCGGCAUGGAGAAGGACGGCCUGAGCCGCGCCGACCAGCAGUACGAGUGCGUGGCGGAGAUCGGGGAGGGCGCCUAUGGGAAGGUGUUCAAGGCCCGGGAUCUGAAGAACGGAGGCCGUUUCGUGGCACUGAAGCGCGUGCGGGUGCAGACGGGCGAGGAGGGCAUGCCGCUUUCCACCAUCCGCGAGGUGGCGGUGCUGAGGCACCUGGAGACCUUCGAGCACCCCAACGUGGUCAGGUUGUUUGAUGUGUGCACAGUGUCACGAACAGACAGAGAAACCAAACUAACAUUAGUGUUUGAACAUGUUGAUCAAGACUUGACCACUUAUUUGGAUAAAGUUCCAGAGCCUGGAGUGCCCACUGAAACCAUAAAGGAUAUGAUGUUUCAGCUUCUCCGAGGUCUGGACUUUCUUCAUUCUCACCGAGUAGUGCAUCGUGAUCUAAAACCACAGAACAUCCUGGUGACCAGCAGUGGACAAAUAAAACUGGCUGACUUCGGCCUUGCCCGCAUCUAUAGUUUUCAGAUGGCUCUUACCUCAGUGGUCGUCACGCUGUGGUACAGAGCUCCAGAAGUCUUGCUUCAGUCCAGCUACGCCACCCCUGUGGAUCUCUGGAGUGUUGGCUGCAUAUUUGCAGAAAUGUUUCGUAGAAAGCCUCUUUUUCGUGGAAGUUCAGAUGUCGAUCAACUAGGAAAAAUCUUGGACUGCUGCUGCAGGCAGUGUUACUAUUUGUGUGGUGAGUGGGGACAUGGUAGACGUGCUGUUUUAUGCAGAGCCCAUCAUGACACGUGGCCUAACCUCUCUGCUCUGGAAGCUUGUAUGUUGCUCGUGUGGAUCUCUUCGAUGUUCCUCUUUCUUCACUUGGCUGAACUCCAGUUCUUUAGUUCAGAUGUGUUGUCUGCUUGGGGUCAUUUCAGAUGCAUCCACUAUCAGAGCGUAAUUGGACUCCCAGGAGAAGAAGACUGGCCUAGAGAUGUUGCCCUUCCCCGGCAGGCGUUUCACUCAAAAUCUCCUCAACCGAUUGAGAAGUUUGUAACAGAUAUUGAUGAACAAGGCAAAGACCUACUUCUGAAGUGCUUGACAUUUAAUCCAGCCAAAAGAAUAUCUGCCUACAGUGCCCUGUCUCACCCAUACUUCCACGACCUGGAGAGGUGCAAGGAGAACCUGGAUUCCCAUCUGCCGCCCAGCCAGAACAGCUCGGAGAUGAAUACAGCCUGAGGUCCCAGCCACUCCCUUGAGCUGAUCAUCCGGAGACACCCUUGGUGGCUCAUGGGUCCCCCUGAGUAAGCACCACAGAGCUGCUGAGGAUCACUGCCUGGACACCUUCUAGUUGCCGUCUUCUGGAUGGGCUCUGCUUUCCAAGGAAACCGUCUAGUUUACUGUUUUGAAAUCAAUGCAAGAGUGAUUGCAGCUUUAUGUUCAUUUGUUUGUUCGUUUGUCUGUUCGUUUGUUUCAAGAACCUGGAAAAAUUCCAGAAGAAGAGAAGCUGCUGACCAAUUGUGCUGCCAUUUCGUUUUUCUAACCUUGAAUGCUGCCAGUGUGUGAGCAAUCCAGGCACAGCUGAGUUGUGAUGUAACCUCUCUGCAGCUGCCAGAGCCUGAUUUGGUACUUUCGAGUGAGUGUGAGUGUGUGUGUGUGUGUGAUUCUUGAUCUCUUAAAGUGUUACUUUCUGUAAACAACAAGAAUAAUUGAAUUUUAAAGACUCAAAGUAACAGAUAAACAGCAGGUGUCUAUUGACUGAAGGUGAUUCACCAAAAUGGGCUUCUCAGAUUAGAAAGUUGAGCCUAUGUCCUCAGCAUUUCUUUUCUGGCCAAAAGCAGUAAAUUUACUAGCACUAAAAGUUUCACUAUCUAGAUGAAGUUUUAUACACACAGCAAAAAGGAAAAAAAAAUUCUAGUAUCUUUUGAGACAAAUUUGUUUUUAAAGCACACUUUCUAGUUACUCUUCAAAAAGCUGAAUUUACUCAUUAUAAGUCAAUGUUAACCUGUAUAAUAUGCUUUAUUGGUUUUUUUUGAAAAAUACCCUAAGCUUUUCUUAAGUGCUGUAGAUUUAGGGAGUAUACCUCAAAUAGGCAAAAUUGUCAAAAAAAAAAAAAUAGAGAAAGCCUUUAUUUCCUGGUUUGAAACUUAGUUCCUUUUUGUUUUUUGUUGUUAUUGUGUUUUGUUUUUGAUUUUAGGAAUCUGUCAGAAACUGUUUCCUGUUUUGGUUUGGAGAGUAGUUCUCUGUGACUAGAGACAGGAAUGCCAUUUAAGUUUCCCACUUAUUACACUGUACUUUUUCUACCGUGCACUGCCUUGUUUGCAAAGUAUCCACUUUAUCUAUCCCCCCGCCUCUACUAGACAUUACUACCAUUACAUAACUCAUAACAGAUUGCUUACACUGUUCCCACGCACCUCUUGCUUGCUUUCUUUCAAUGAACCUUUCAUAAACAGUUAGAUUCAGAUUAUGGUUUAUGGUUCCAAUUCCACAAUCCUAACAGAGUACCAUAUGUUCUCGCUCUAAUGUGAUCUCCUUACCUGGCAUUCACUGUUUUUACCUAGGCAAUGCGUAGAAGACUGGCUCUUCUCUAACACCAGCACAUAGAUUGCUUUAAACUGUUACUUAGUGUUUUACAUUUUAAUAGAAUAUAUUGUCAGUGUAGUAUCUGAGGGAACAUCCUUAACUAUUUUUUAGAAAUACUUAUUGACUCUGUAAGUGAUCUUUUCUCCAUCCCCCAGGCCAGGCUUGUUCCUAGUACCUUGUGUACACUCUUGCUCUCUGCAGAGCCAGCCUGACCUGGGCCUUGUGAACAGCUUUACUUUUUCUUUUGCCAUGUUCUCUAAGUACUUUAUAGUCCAUGCCAUCUCUGCUUUAUAUGUGGUUAGUGCUCACUCAGCUCUAGGAACCAGAAGACACAGAGAUUAAGCAUCUUUUGGGAAGUUUAGCCACCUUUGCUUUCUGACUCAUGUUUUGAGUGCAUGCAACAGUUAGACCAUGUUUAGAGUUAGGGUUUUCAAAGAAUGGACAUUGCUUCACUAAGUAGAAAAUGUUCCAGGUAAUGUUUAUGCAUUUUAUCAAGCCUUACUGAAUUCUUCACAGCUUAAUAUUGUAAAUGACUAUCUUGAACAAGAGAAAAAUUGGGAAAUUUUUCUCCUUGAGAGCUUUUUGGGUUGGGAACCAUUCUUGUUUAGUACAUAUAUUGCUUAAUAUUGUUCUAAUUCAGUAACUUAUGGAGCAGGAAAAUUUUUCUAAAGCAAGAUAUGAAUGAGAAGAUGGGCCAUAAGAGUGUUUUAUACUUCUUCAUUGGGACAACAUUGAUUAUGUUUUGUCAUCCCCACAAAUGCUUGAGAUAUAACGAAUCCAGAGUAUUCAGAGCAAUGUGUACUUUGAGUCUCCCCUGGAGAAGUGAGUUCUGCCUGCUUUUCAUGGGAUCAAAAUGCUAAGACAUUUUUCCUGGGGCCUAGAAAUUGAAUUUUAAAACUCACUGCACUUGACUCAUCAUCUUUUGGUUAGUAUCCAUGGUUAGAGUGAACAUAACUUGCGUUUGUGCUUUUGCAAAAGUUUUUCGUAAGUUCGCUCAAGAAAAAUGCAGCUGUUCUAAACUGGAAUUUUUUCAGCAUUCUUUAGAAUUUUAAACAAGUAGAGAGCUCAACUGUUAUUUCUAGCAUAUGCUUUUUGUUCAUUUCUCAGUAGUGUUUAUAAAGAAAACUUAAGGCACAAACAUUUUGGCAUUAGAUACUUGGCCAAUUAUUGUCUGAGAGGGAGAAUGAGAGGGCAUCUUGGCAUCUCUAAACUGUCCCCAGCUCUUCCAUCGAUGUGGUUCUUGCAUUUGAGUGAUUACUCUCUGUUUUAUGUCUUUUACAUCCAGGCUCACCACUUCUGAAAUCCAGAUCCCACACAGGCACCCUUGCCAUCAGGACACUUUGAAUACGAACAGAAUAUGAAUAGAACAGAAUAUGAAUAGAGCAGAAUACAAACUUACUGAAUACAGCUUAUUCUUCUGUGACCUAUGGUCUCAAACUUUGCCAAAAGCUAGGCAGUGGUUAGCUGAAAAGGUCACACUGCCCCAGGCUUAUACCAAAGCAGAUUAUAGCAGUGAAAAUAGGGUGACAGAUUUGAAAUUACACUUGAAUUUCUUCCUAGGUCUGGUAGAAGAAUGUGCCUGAUGGUUUCUAUACAAUAUUCCGUUCUGGCAGCCCAGCACUGUGGGAACUAUUGUGCAGGGUGGAGUUGUAACAACCUACAUUUAAAAACAGUAAAAGAGAAAUCUGUCUAUUGAGGCAUCAUAAGCUAUCAUGUGGCAAAGGGUAAUAAGGACCUAACCUUAUAACCUUAAUAACACAAUUCCCAGGAGCUUUUAAGAAUCUAGUGCCUCCCAUUUUGUCUCUCCUUUGAAGUGGAUGGGAACUACUCAAGGAGCAAAGAACCUCUUUUGGAAGAAAGCUCUGGGCCAUUUCAGCCCCAGUAUUCUCAUGAUUUUCUCUCAGGAAACACACACUAUGAAAGGCAUACUUUGCAUUUAGCCCCAGAUGACUUACUAAAAAUCAUUCAAAAUAUUCACCUUAGAAUAGAAUCUCAGCCUUUUAGUCUUAAGUAAAAAAUGAAAAUUUUGGAAUGCACAAGAUGUUAAUAUCUUGAAGAAAACGUGUACCUUUUAACAGAGAAAUUUAUAGUUUGACUCCAGAAUGUGGUACUAUCCUUCUUGCCGAGAAAAAAAUUAAGUAGUACCAAACGUUUUGAACCUUCAAUUAUGUAUUUAAAUUGAGUUUUUAACGAACUAUAGCUGCUUCUAUUAAAAGUGGUGCCUAUAAAAGUCAGUAAUGGCAAUUCUCAUUCCGUCACGGAAGUUAAAUCAUGUAAGCUUACUAUAUCAUAAACAUUAAAAUUCUUCUCUCCAAAG